AUGACGCCCCUCGGAAAAAGUCAACGUUUUUGGCGGAGAAUCUGGAGCAGCCUCUCAAAGGCCCUCCCACCAGCCCUCCGCCCCCAAAGGCCCUCCCAGCAGCCCCUCCGGCCCAAAAGGCCCUCUCCGCCCCCCAAAGCCCUCCCCCAGCCCCUCCGCCCCAAAGGCCCUCCCACCAGCCCCUCCGCCCCAAAAGGCCCUCCCACCACCAAAGGCCCUCCACCAGCCCCUCCGCCCAAAGGCCCUCCAGCCCCUCCGGCCCCAAAGGCCCUCGCACCAGCUCCUCCGCCCCCAAAGGCCCUCACCAGCCCCUCCGGCCCCAAAAGGCCCUCCCAGCCCCUAGGCCCUCCGCCCCAAAAGCCCCUCCGGCCCAAAGCCCUCCCAGCAGCCCUCCGCCCCAAAAGGCCCUCCCACCAGCCCCUCCGAGGCCCCCACCAGCCCCUCCGCCCCCAAAGGCCCUCCACCAGCCCCUCCGCCCCCCAAAGGCCUCCCACCAGCCCCUCCGCCCCCCAAAGGCCCUCCCACCAGCCCCUCCGAUCCCCAAAGGCCCUCCCACCAGCCCCUCCGGCCCCAAAAGGCCCUCCCAGCCCCUCCGCCCCCAAAGGCCCUCGCACCAGCCCCUCCGCCCCAAAGGCCUUCCCCAGCCCCCCCCCGCCCCUCCCCAAAAGGCCCUCCCACCAGCCCUCCGCCCCCAAAAGGCCUCGCACCAGCCCUCCGCCCCCAAAGGCCCUCCCACCAGCCCCUCCGCCCAAAGGCCUCCACCAGCUCCUCCGCCCCCCAAAGGCCCUCCCACCAGCCCCUCGCCCCCGCCCUCCCACCCUCCCACCCCUCCGGCCCCAAAAGGCCCUCCCACCAGCGACUCCGCCCCCAAAGGCCCUCCUAGUGGCCCCUCCGGCCCCCAAAAGGCCCUCCCACCAGCCCCCCGCCCCCAAAGGCCCUCCCACCAGCCCCUCAGCCCCCAAAGGUCCUCAUACCAGUCCUCCGGCCCCAAAGGCCCUCCCAGCAGCCCCUCCGUCCCCAAAAGGCCUCCAAGUAACCCCUCCGCCCCCAAAGGCCCUCCAGCCCCCAAAAGGCCCUCCCACCAGCCCCUCCGCCACCCAAAAAGCCCUCACCAGCCCCUUCGCCCCCAAAAGGCCCUCCCAGCAGCCCCUCCGUCCCCAAAAGGCCCUCCCAGCAGCCCCGUCAACAAACAAGUGUUGGGCUAUUUAA